GUCGUGAGUAGCGCUCAGGGUUGCCGCAGAACACCGGUCUUUUUUCUUUCACUAUUUAAAACGCAUCAUCCCACCGUUUCAUUCCUCUUUCCAAGUUCAGUUUUUGUUUUUAGGUCAGUUGCAUGCAUUGUUCGUCUCCAAAAAUGGUUUGCGAGACUAAAAUUGUUGCUGACGAACAUGAUGCGAUACCUGGGACCAAAAAAGAUAUUAUCGUUUCUUCCUCACAGAUGUGGACUUCUUCCACACCUGCACUAAACCCUCACGAGGAGAAGGAUGUGAGAAAAUAUAAGGUUUUUAUCCGUGAGUUUGAGCGCACGGACCAUGUGGAAGUGCGGCGAAUCUUUUAUGAAGGCAUUAUGGAGAGGAUACCUAAUACUGCAUUUCGGGGACUAAAACAGCAAACAGAAACCCAGUUCAUAUACGUUGUUCUGACAUUAAUGUGCUUUGUUGUGACCCAGUCCUUGGCGCUGACCUGCUGUGCGCCGAUCAUUCUCAUGGGCGCGCGUUACUACUACAGUAGGAAAGUUAUCCUCAACUAUCUGGAUUACGCGCUCCAAACUGACAUGGCGGACAUCGAGGAAUAUUACAUGAAACCUACAGGUUCCUGUUUCUGGGUGGCGGUGCUGGAGGGUCAGGUGGUGGGCAUCGUGGCGGCACAGGGCCGGGAGGACGACAACACAGUGGAACUGCGCCGCAUGUCCGUCGACUCGCGCUUCCGCGGCAAGGGCAUUGCCAAGGUGCUGGGCCGCCGCGUCCUGGAGUUCGCCGUGCUCAACAACUUCGCCGCCGUCGUCCUGGGAACCACCGCCGUCAAGAUGGCCGCCCACAAGCUGUACGAGUCGCUGGGCUUCCGGCGGACGGGCGAGAGCGAGGUCUACCGGCUCCCCGGGAUGAGCUGCUCUCCUCUGGAGAGGGUGUUCUUCCAGAUCCGUUACCACCGUUACCGCCUGCAGCUCCGCGAGGAGUGACGGGGUGGAGGGAGGGAUGGAGAGAGAGAUGGAGAGAGGGAGAGAGAAGGAGGGAGAGAGAGAGCGUGCAAACGGCCCUCCUCAACCACCGAGCCCUAACCCAAGCCUUCUCUUUGACAGCUUUAUUUAUUUGAAACCAUUAGAGUUCUUUCUUCUACUACUGCCUAUAAAUUUACUAUUUCUAUUCCUCAUAAAGCCACUAACUUUUCAUGGUUUGUUUUUUUAUUUGUAUUCUUUAUGCAUUUUCGAAUUUAGUGUUAUUUUUUCUCCUUCCUACUAAUUGAUUUUGGUACUACCCCCCCCCCCCCAAAAAAAAAACAACAACUAACAAACAAACAACACAAUUGCAACACAAACAAUCUGGCAUACCCCCCCCCCCUUCCACCACCCCCAUGCCAAUCUAAGUGACAUCAUCAACAAAGAAUUCCUUUGUGUUCCAUGUCAUGUGAUCAAUUCUCUUUCUUCACUAGAAUCAUCCCACCAGCCCCGUCUUUGCCCCUCCCCCGCCCAAGGAAGACCCACCGCCUCUUCAGAUUUACCCUGAUGUGAGGAGAGGGAUGGGCCUUGUAAUUACUAUGUUAUAUAAGGAGAAGGGUGUGUGGGGAGGUCAGCUCCCCAGAGAUAGGAAAAGAGAGGGAUGAAAAGAGAGAGAAGGGGGGAGGGAAGAAGGAGAGGAGAGAGAGAUAGGGAAGGAGAGAGAGGGAGAGAGAGAAGGCUGAGGACUGGAGGAGGGGUUUGACGUUUCCUCCAACUCACACUGUUUCCUCCUGGGCCAGCAGACCAGUCCUAGAGACUUGGGUGUGACUUAAAGUGGCCCUUUGGCUUCCAGCCAGCCACGAUGAGUCUCCAUUAUGUAGCCCGGCAAGUCUCAGUCUGCUCCUGUGUAGAGGGAGAGAGAGAGGGAGAGAGGGAGAGAGAGAGCAGGAACAGGAAGGACAUGCCCUGUGCAUCCUGUAUGGCCAGGAGACAAACACAGUGCACCACUUCCUUCUCUUCCUGUGAUCCAACCCCCCCUGCCCCACCCCCCUCCAUCCAUCUUGUACUACCUCCCUCACUCCCUCUCCCUUAAUUCAACAUGCAUGGGAACUGGGGAGAGGCUCUCUGAUUGGCUGGGACGACAGGAGGGUGGAGAUUUCGUGCUGCAAUGUCACACUGAUAGAUCUCAUUAUAUGACGUAUGAUAGUGUGUGUGCGCGUGUGUGAGGCUAUGUUCAAUAACAUUAGUUAUUCCAACAACCUUGGAUAUGAAAUAUGAUGACAUUAAAAUGUCAUCAUGCAUUCAAAAAGUGAAUAUUUUUCUUGAUAAAUUAGUAAAGUAUUGUUAGAUAAAACGUUGAAUAUUAUUGUAGUUAUGUUUCCUAAUUGAACCAAUUUUUUUUUAAUAUGUUUGAUAAUUAAUUUAGAAGACAGUUGACAUUUUACAAUCUUUAUCUUUGAAGAAUCACUGCAUUGUAGUAUGCACGUUUUAUUGAUAUUGCUACAAUUACAGAGUAACCACAGCAAACCAGAUACAGGUUAUUGAGAAUCACUUGGGUAAAACACAAUAAGCAAUAUACUCGAUACUUGACACAUAUGUCCCCUAGCACAAAUGUGUUGAAUCUGAAUAUGUCGACACGAUACAUGAUUUCAAAUAUACAAGAGGCCUUUGAGCCUGUCUGUGCAACAUGUAUAAAGCUGGUGUUCUUGUAGCUAAUAUACCCAAACGAUGUGGCACCAUGGUAACCUCUUGUCCUAUCCACCACCCACUACUGAACCAGCAGAGAACCUACCAAUUCUCUGAGCCUAUUUGGGUGUCCCUCUCACUUGUACAAAGUUAAAACUAAAGAAAAUGUGAAAAAAACAUACAUAAAGAUGAAACUAAGUAGACAAAAAAAAAGAAUAAAAAUAGGAAAACACAACAAAAAAAAGAUGACUACCAUGAAUCUCACCAUUCCUUCUUGCCUUGAGCCCCUCCUCCCUGGACCCCUCCCCAUUCUAUGAAUCUGACUGCAACCCUGGGCCAGACCCCCUCCCCCCACCCCUCUUCCCUAUGACUCCCCCCCCCACCCCCAUCUCUGCAUGCCUCACAGAGCCCCUUGCUGCGCUUCUUUAAACACCCAUCACUGCUUGUGACCCCGCCUUCCCAGACCCCGCCCUGCUGUGAUGUCAUCAAAGCAGUGAGGUUCUCCUUCCACACCUGUGGAACGGAUGCAUAUUAUGAGGGAGAAGUUGCUCAGGGGGAUGUGUGUGUGUGUGUGGGGGGGGGGGGGGGGGGGGGAUGAUACACUCAUUAGCCACUCCACUGCCUUGAUGACAUCAUGCCUGCCAACCGUAGAAUGCUAAACCAAUGCAAGUGUGGCAUGCCUCUGUACUCAAUGUGUGCGUACGGUGCCUGCCCUGGGCAAGAGUAGUUAAAGAAAAAUGAACAGUUAAAAAAAUAUAUAAGGACGAUAAAUAAUAUGCUUCUUUUUAGAUGACUAUAUAAAAAAAAAAAAUGUGUGUUUGUUAUGAGAUGAAGAAAAAAAAAAACUAUGACAGUUUUUAACUUUUUUUUUGGGGGUGCAUGAAAUGUGUCUUUGAAUGCAAAUGACUUAGAGGACAC